UAGACAUGCCAGAAGUGGUGAAACGAAAGAAAGCAGUGAUCUACGUACAAUCCAUGGACAAUGCGUGUUUCGCGUGGUCAGUGGUCGCUGCUCUCUAUCCAACUGAAAGACACGCGGAGCGCGAGUCGUCGUAUCCGCAUUACAGUGAUGUGUUAAACCUGCGAGACGUCCCAAUGCCGAUAACAUUAAGUGGUAUUAAAAAGUUGAACAAUUGAACAGUAUUUCCAUCAAUGUAUACAGCAUCGAUGAAAAGAACAAUUGUGAACGCGUAAUCGUACCGCUACGAGUCACUGAUGAGAAGAACGAGAAGCACGUGAACCUAUUAUACCUGCAAGAUCAGGGGGAUGCUGAAGUGGGUCACUUCUUCUGGAUAAAAAACUUAUCCCGCCUCGUCAGUUUUCAACUCAGCAAGAAGGAGCACAAAAAGCACAUUUGCGAUCGGUUAGUAUCAAUAAAAUUUAUGAAAAAUUGUUUUAUUUGAAAAAUAUAUAUUAAAAACAUGUUUUUCUUUCCAGAUGCUUGCACUACUUUAGCUCCAACGUCAAGUUGCAAGCCCACAGCGUGGACUGUCAACAGAUAAAUAACUGCGCGAUUGUAUUACCCAGCGAGGAGGACAAGUGGCUCAGUUUUAUCAAUCACAGUAGGAAGGAACGAGUGUCGUUUGUCAUCUACGCCGACUUGGAGUGUAUCCUGAAAAAGAUGGAUACGGAUCCGAAAGCAUAUCAGCACCAUGAAGUAUUUAGCAUCGCUUAUUACCUGCACUGCUCAUAUGACGACUCGCUAUCAACAUAUCAGUUUCGUCGUGACAAGGAUUGCAUCGCAUGGUUCGCCGACCAACUAGAAGAAUUAGCAUAUCGUGUAAAGAAUAUUCUGUCGAGUAAUGUUCCCAUGCAAACACUUUCGAAAGAACAGUAUGAGAAAUUUAAUAGCACCACGCACUGCCACAUAUGCGAGAAACCGUUCGCGCCAGACGACACUCGAGUGCGCGACCAUUGCCAUCUAACCGGACAAUAUAGAGGCCCCGCACAUUCAAAUUGUAACUUAAAUUACAAAGAUGCGUAUUUCAUUCCAAUCGUUUUUCAUAAUUUAUCCGGCUAUGACGCACAUUUCAUAAUUAAAGAAAUCGCUACCGCGUUCGAGGGCACAAUUGAUGUAUUACCGAUAACGAAGGAGACAUACAUUUCCUUUACAAAAAAUGUCAAAAGUACCAUAGAAAACUCAAAGCGACAAAAUUGCAUAAAGCUGCGAUUUAUUGACUCAUACAAAUUUUUGAGUACCAGCCUCGAUAGAUUGGCAUCGUUUCUCCAUAGAGACAAAUUAAAAAUUGUACGAUCUAAAUUUUCAACAUUAUCCAGCGACGAUUUCGAUCUAUUGACACGAAAAGGUAUAUUUCCCUAUGAAUAUGUGGAUUGCGUGGACAAGUUGCAGGACCCGUGUCUACCUCCGCGCGUCAUUUUUUAGUUCUUUGACCGAAGUCACCGUAUCCGAGAGCGAUUACGUGCGCGCCGAGAAUGUCUGGCAGCGGUUUUCCAUCCAAACCUUAGGCGACUACAGCGAUUUAUAUAUGAAGAUAGAUGUCUUGUUAUUGGCCGACAUUUUUGAAAAUUUUCGCGAUAGUAGCAUCAACAGUUAUGGAUUAGAUCCCACGUAUUAUUAUACUUUGCCUGGUUUCACGUGGGACGCCAUGCUGAAACACACGCGCGUAAAUUUCGAACUGCUCACAGACAUUGACAUGUUCAUGUUUGUGGAACGCGGUAUACGCGGUGGUUUGAGCCAGUGCUCGAACAGGUACGCUCGAGCCAAUAACAAGUACAUGCAGUCUUACGAUCCAUCCAAACCAUGCUCGUACCUGAUGUACUUUGAUGUCAAUAAUUUGUAUGGUUGGGCGAUGUGUCAACCACUACCAUAUGCAAAUUUUCGAUGGAUCGAAGAUAUUACGAAUUUCGACGCGAGCACAAUCGCUGCGGACUCAACGAUAGGUUAUAUUCUUGAGGUCGAUCUCGAGUAUCCGCAGCAUCUUCACGACACACACAUUGACCUACCGUUCUGUCCAACGCGCGAUAAGCCACCCGGCAAGCGGCAGGAUAAACUUCUCGCGACAGUGUAUGAUAAGAAGCGUUACGUCAUACACUAUCGCAACCUGCAACAGUGCACGCGUCAUGGGCUUCGCGUGACAAAGAUACACCGUGUAUUGGAGUUUUCGCAAUCUCCAUGGCUCCGCGAUUACAUCGAGCUUAAUACUCAGUUUAGAACGCAUGCGACAAAUGAUUUCGAAAAAAAUUUAUACAAAUUAAUGAACAACGCGGUAUUUGGCAAAACAAUGGAAAAUGUACGGAAUCAUGUCGAUGUUAAACUUCUAACAAAGUGGGAUGGUCGUUACGGUGCGGAGGCAAUGAUCGCAAAACCAAAUUUCCAUAGCCGAAGCAUCUUUUCGGAAAAUCUGAUAGCCGUUGAAUUGCGCAAACUCGAGGUGAAAUUCAACAAGCCGAUCUACGUAGGUAUGUGCAUUCUCGACAUAUCUAAAAUCUGUUUGUAUGAAUUUCAUCACGAGUACAUGUUACCUUUAUAUAGCAACAGAUGUAAAAUUAUGUACACCGACACGGAUAGCCUUAUAUACCACAUCCAGUGCGAGGACGUGUACGAGACGAUGAAACAUGAUAUUCAUAGAUUGACACGAGCGAUUAUCCAACAGAUAACGCGUACGAUAUUCCACUUGUUAAUAAAAAAGUGCCAGGUUUAA